CAACAUGGAGAACGAUAUAUCUGGCAGUGUAUUCCUGGAAGAACUUACUCUGAAAUGUUUUCCAGAACUCGUUGAAUCACUUAAAAAGGACAUUCCACGAUCUUUAAUGAUGUUAGGAUGCCUUGAACAAAUGAAUGAAAGUCCAGAGGUGACAAGUGGUCAUGUUUAUGUAAGCCAUUGGCCCAACCCAGACCUAGUAAUGUUUGAAAAUAUGGCUUAUAAAGCAUUGACUGAUUACAAUAUUCCCCCAUCUGUGAUUUUUGCAAGUUGUUCCACAGAGAAGCUGAAAAUGACACUUGAAAAAAGUCAUCUAAGCAGGUUUACAUCCUCACCAGAAAUACUUGUGGGUGAUCCCAGAUGUUUUGAAAUUGGUAAUGAGAUCACGAAAUCAAAGGGAAAUGGACUUCAAGUUACUCUUGAAUCCCUUCCAUAUUUUGCUACAGCAACUGAUGUCACUAAAUUAGAAAAACAUGAAUGCCCACCCGGCUACUUCAUUGCUCCUUUGAGGCUUCAAGACGCAGUCCUAAUUGAUACAAUGUGGAAAUUUGGGGGCAACCCUAAUUCUUUGAAGAGAUUUAAAAACUUGAUUUCCCACUCACUUACCGCUGGGGUGUAUUAUCAAGUCUCUGACCAGCUUGUCUCAUGGGGACUGAUUGCGGAAUAUGGCUGCAUUUCAAUGCUUCAUACAUUAGAAUGUCACAGAAGACGUGGAUUGGCCAUGGCUAUCGUCUACCAUCUCACUAAAACCCUUUUGGAUCGAAGGAGGACAGUAUUCUGCAUCAUAGAAGAAGAGAAUGAAAACUCCAGACAACUUUUUUGUAAAAUGGGAUUUAAAAUUUUUUCGAGUGAUUACGUAGCGUUUUUAUAUACUUCCCAAAGUUAGAUUCACAGGGCAAAGAGGUCGAUAAUUUUCCACUGAUUUCUAUGCAAAAGAAAUCUAUGAAGAAAACGCGGGAAUGUGAUGAAAGUCUUGACUAUGCAACACAUCACCUUUUUUAGUUUUGAAGUGACGCAUAUAUUCAAAACAUAUACCUUGUUGUCAAAGCGUGUUAAGCACAUUUUUUUUAUUAUCAUCCAACGGCCAAAUGAGAAAAGUACAUCUUAAAUAUUGUAAUUUUGACUGUGGCCGUAAAAGGCUACCUUGUCGAGCUACCAUGGCUAAAUCACUAUUCGCCUUUUACUUUCUACGGAAAGGUUUUUGUUAGAAGUUCUUUUUAAAUCUCGUAGGUUGAGCGUAAUAUCUAGUGCAAUUGUACUUUAUUUUUCCAUUUGCCAUAUUACGUCAAUAAGGAGCCCUAAUUAUAUGGAUUAUAUAAGUUCACUUCAAACCUAGCAAACAUAGAGGUGUUCAUGUAUCGGUCGAGAAUAAGACGAGCCUUCUCAGCUCAUGGAAACAGAAAUAUUUAACUCUUAGUUUACAAGGUUUUUAUUUUCACUUUGAUAGGAAAACGAUUUCUUUGUAGCUAUGUGGUAACUUAGAGGAGUAGAGGAAUCAAUAGAUGACAUUGUUCCACCAAAUGUUGCCGACUUUUUUUUUUAUCAAUAUUAAGUCGUUGGUCAUAUUUUCUUAGUAGGGAGUCUUGCCGUAUUUUAAAGUUACUUUUGCUCCGGUAUGAAUUUGUUUGAAAAACAUUAAAAGGAGCCGAAAUUCUA